UCUUUAACUUCAUCCACUUUCAUAAAGUCAAUUACACGAGUCUCUAUUCACAAAAAUAACCUGAAAUUCAUUCAUACUCCACACCUGGAGCCACACCCUUUUUUCUUCAACUCUAUCUACGAUCUCAUAGAUCUGUAUGGAAGAACCCAAUGAAGCUGGACAUGAGAGUACUACAGAUAAGUCAAAUUAUUGAUAUGGGUAUCCAAGUUCAUUCAUUACUGAACACCAAUGGUUUUACGUUCCUUCAGGUCAAGUUAGGAUAUGAAAUCUAGUCGGAGAACAUUUUAUAACAACUUGGGAAAACAAUGUAGAUAACCAUUGUCUUUUUUUCUAGAAGAUGGAAAUAAGCUUGUUUGUUGAAAUGAUACUAACACUCUAGAGAUAAUAAAGGAAACAAAACAGAAAUAACCAACAAACAAAAUCAAGUAUGUUGCAGAUACUUAGUAAGAGAUUACAAGCUAUCUAUUUGAAGAAGAAAAUAAAAUGACUUCAAUUUAAACUGAUGUCUUGAAUUGAAUAGUCUAUAAAAGUUUGAAAAGACGGCACGGAGAGAAGGUUUUAACUUGAGUAAUCUCUUAAGAAACUUUUUUGCUCGCGGUAGUAUCUCUAUGGUUAGCAUUUGAUGGAGCUUUGUUUACAUUUUCACUCGGAUAUACGAAAUUGCAUUUGUGGGGUUGAUCGCAAUAAAAAUGGACGUUUACUGUUAGAAUUUGACAGAAAUGGAAUGUUGAUUACUAUUAUGUAAUGUAACAUGCUCAUAAGGAUGCAUAAUGCCUUCCCACUAGAUUUUGGAGAUGUAACUAGACAUAAGGCAUAUGGGUAAUGUGUGUAAUGCUGAUUAAUGCCUACAGACGAAUGUAUAUUCUAUUUCUUAAACUUAUAUAUAUUCUUCUUAUGGAUGCUUCCAAGAAGGGGACGUGGCCCGAACUUCAAUACUUAGUUGUGGCUUUAAAUCUUCAAAUUGGUAAAGCUCAUCUCAUUCUUCUACCAUGGAAGGACCUUGAAGGCAUAAAUAGACUAUGGUCGCCCUUGUAGUCCUAGUAAACUUGUGAAGGAAUCUUUAAGAUAGAAUAUAUGUUGUUCAUUCGUGAAGCUUCUAUGUUAUCAUUUCUCAUUGAAUACUGCGAAAAUCUCUACCAUGUUAUCCUUUAGAAAAACUAAUGGAUUCUUGUGAAUGUCUAUUUCUUUUCUUGCAUUUUAAGGGAUUCAUUACAAUUACAACAUCCUCCAGCCUUUUAUCAUGGAGUCAGAGAAUGAAGUUGAAGCCAUGUAUAGAGACUUCGAAUUUUCUUGGGAAAGCUGAUAGGUGUAUGCUAUUAAACCAAAAGAUCCAAUUAAGUGCCCUUUAGUUCUGAUAUGAAUACAAGUUGCUGGAUUUCUUCUUGUCGAAAGCCGGUUUCACCCUAAACCCGUUCACUUCAACGAACGGGUCGACCACGUUCUGUCGCCCCAAGCUCCAUUAGGCCUCUAUCUGGCGAAGCAUCCUAAGAUUCACAGGUGACCCACUGCCGUUUGUUGCUAAUACCUUCAUUCGAGUCAUCAACCAGUUUUGUGUGCUUCACCAUAUUCUUCCUGAAAAGUAGGAAUGGUGGGUCUUUCAACUGGAGAGAAGCUUUUCAUUCAAGCUGGCAUCGCUCAGGAUCUUCGCACUGAUGGUCGAGGGAGGUUAACUUAUCGACCCAUCUCUAUAGAAACCGAUGUGAUCUCUCAGGCAAAUGGUUCAGCAAGGGUCCGAAUGGGUGGUACUGAAGUUAUUGCCACAGUUAAGGCGGAACUUGGAAGGCCUAAUCCAAUGCAACCUGACAAAGGGAAGGUCUCGAUCUCUGUUGAUUGUAGUCCGACUGCAGAGCCGGCAUUUGAGGGUAGGGGUGGUGAAGAGUUGUCAACGGAACUCUCGAUUGCUCUUGAGCGAUGUCUCUUAGGUGGAAAGAGUGGUUCAGGGGCUGGGAUUGACCUUUCAUCUUUGAUAGUUGUGGAAGGGAAGCUUUGUUGGGAUCUCUAUAUUGAGGGGUUGGUGGUAAGCUCAGAAGGCAAUCUUCUAGACGCUCUUGGUGCUGCCAUUAAGGCUGCUUUGAGCAAUACAGGCAUCCCAAAAGUCCAUGUUGCUGCAGAAGCAUUAGACAACGAACAACCUGAAGUUGACGUAAGUGAUGAAGAAUUUCUACAGUUCGAUACAUCUGGGGUUCCAGCCAUUGUUACAUUGACAAAAGUGGGUAAGCACUACAUCGUUGAUGCUACUUUGGAAGAAGAAUCUCAAAUGAGUUCUGCAGUCUCCAUAUCCAUCGACAGGCAUGGUCACAUUUGUGGGUUGACUAAACGUGGGGGUGUUGGGGUUGAUCCAAGCAUAAUCCUCGAUAUGAUAUCCGUGGGCAAACAUGUUAGCGAGGAGUUGCUGAACAAGUUGGACUCAGAGAUUGUGGCUGCCGAAGCUGAUGAAGAGGAAUGAAAAAACUUUUAGAUCUCUUACUGUAUGGUAGAUCUUAGAUCGAUAGUCUUUGAUGGAAUUCCAGUCUAGAUGGUAUAGAUGAUUGAAAGAUAGUGAUCUUGUAAAAUUGCUAGUGUUUUAGACAUUUUGAUUCUAUCUUGGCAUUUGAUUCUGUAUCUUUGAUUAAAGAACCAGUGCUUCGAAUUCUUCACUACACAAUGAGAAACAAUUUUAUUGACUAAUUAUUUGUAAACAAAGAAUGAGCUUUGGAAGGAUUAGAACUUGUAAAGAAUCAAAUACCUAAAUUCUGAGGUGAUGUUUCAAGGUA